AGCUCUCUACUUCCGGUGUGGAGUUUCUACGCUUACUCACAGCAGCCCAGACAAACCGCAGCGACUUCGGCGGAGCGUGUCAUCCAAGAUGCUGGCCCUCAUAAACAGGCUGUUGGACUGGUUCAGGUCCCUCUUCUGGAAGGAGGAGAUGGAACUCACGCUGGUGGGUCUCCAGUACUCCGGCAAGACGACGUUCGUCAACGUGAUUGCAUCAGGCCAGUUCAGCGAAGACAUGAUUCCGACAGUUGGAUUCAACAUGCGGAAGGUGACAAAAGGCAACGUGACAAUCAAGAUAUGGGACAUAGGUGGACAGCCCCGUUUCCGAAGCAUGUGGGAACGCUACUGUCGAGGAGUCAAUGCUAUUGUUUACAUGGUGGAUGCAGCAGAUCGAGAUAAGAUAGAAGCAUCCAGAAACGAACUACACAACUUGUUGGACAAACCACAACUACAAGGGAUUCCAGUUCUAGUGCUGGGCAACAAACGAGACCUCGCCAACGCGCUUGAUGAGAAGCAGCUCAUUGAAAAGAUGAACCUGUCUGCCAUCCAGGAUCGAGAGAUCUGCUGCUACUCGGUGUCCUGCAAAGAGAAGGACAACAUAGAUAUCACACUGCAGUGGCUCAUCCAGCACUCAAAGUCGAGGAGAAGCUGAAAGCGAAAGGCAGCCCCGAGCGCUCACGGGUCCUCCACAGUCAUUCCUUCCACCGCCUCUGUGAAGUUCUUCAGCUCUCUCCUGUGGCAAACGUGCACCACUAACUCCCGUACCACACCCGUGUGUAGCCUCUGUACAGCACUACUCGUCCAACCCCGGUGGAUUGUUCAGGGCCUUCAUGCCUUAGCGCCUUGAACGACUUGACCGCGAACCGUUCUUUCCAUCCCGGCGAUCACCAACAUGCAUUCUUAGGCGUUUCCACGACAAAGUGCGAUUGUGGUUUUAAAUAUUGUUUGCCUAAUGCCUUCAAUCACACACCCUUAAGCACUAGAACCUGCAUUUCAUUUGCAUGGGGAAUUUAUUCUGUGGCUUGAAUGACAUCUUGUACGCUGAUAAGGAGGACGAUUGUUGCUACGUCUGAGGCAAACAAAAUGUUUAAGUGCCUUUUGGCUGAGGAAGAGCUCCAAUCAGACAAGUAACACGCCAAUACAAAACCACCCUCGGUUACACAAUCACCGUCUCGUGCUGUUUUAUAAUCAUUUUAUGACCUCAGCGGGAGGACGUUACAGCACUAACGCGGCACGACGCCGGCGAAUUUGGGAAAAUGUUACAUUUUGUUUGCUUGAAGGGAGAUUUGAACACCCUGCGGCCAAGUUUCUGUUUGCUAAUCAUGUAUUUGUUGGGGUUUGAACUACCGAAAGCCAGCGAUGGCUAAUAUUAGUCGCGAAAAAACAAGCGUCCUGUCAUUGGAAACGCCACUAAAGACUGAUUAAUGGCCGCACUUUUCAUCAGUUUCUUCUUUUAAUCAUGCAUGAGAAUAUGUUCCAUGUUGGCUUUCUAGAUCUCCACUUCCAGUUUGUUUGUUCUCACGGUCCAUUUUUCUGUCUGCAGGCAGCAAUGUGACCUCACUUGUUGCCCAUCGGUGAUGAGCGCAAUACUAAUUAUCAAGUGUCGGGACCACAGCGAAACCGGAUGACUGCGGGCAAAGUGGAGGGUAAAAAAACUAGCUUUGGUAACUCAUAUUAUAACCUAUACUUGCAGUUUGUAUGUGCAUGUGCUAAAUGAUUCACAUUCAAUUGUAGACUUUGUAAAUAAGAAAUUUGCAUUUUUAUUCCAACAAAUGCUCUUGUAGAUGUCAUGCAUUAUUUCCAUGUGAGUGCUAAUAAAUUUGGUUUUAUUUUUAAAACGCUG